CCCGGAAGUAGUUUUAUUUAAUUUUAUUUUGAUUUAUUUUGUUUUUCUUUUAGUAAUUGAUUUGAUUAUUAAAUUUUUUUUUUAAAAUGUAAACAACAUUUUGUGUGUUCUCUAAGGAUCUUAAAAUCUAAUUGACAACACCUUAAGAUGAAAUAAAAAUGACAGUUAUAUGAGAAUAUGAUAUUAAAAAACACAUGCAUUUACUUAAAUACAAAUGUACGUGCAUAAUUUAAUUGUAUGAAAUUUUAAAAAGUUUUCUCAUUAAAAUUUGACAACAUUAACUGUAAAUAACCGCAAAAAAAAAGUUUGUAUUUAUAUUUGGUAGACAAGAUAUGUCGCAUUCAGAUAGAGAUUUAUACAAUAUUUUUUCGGAAGGAUAUUAUAAAUGUAAAAAUAAAUAUGAAAAUAAAACAUUUAUUCCAUAUGAAAGAGAGGCAUACAUUGAUAGUGGGAAUUUCAUUACAGUCGAAGAUGAAAUACAAGGAAAUAAUUUAACAUGUCCUAGAUUAUAUGAUGGUUGGUUAUGUUGGCCACCAACAAAAGCAGGAGAUCUACCAAUUGUUGUAUAUCAAAAUUGUCCACCAAAAUUUGAAUAUGAUGUUAGACGUUAUGCUCAUAAAACGUGUUUUCCAAAUGGUACAUGGUUUCGACAUCCAGGAAGAAUUCGUGAUGAUGAUACAUGGACAAAUUAUACUAGAUGCGCAGAUAAAGAAGAUUUAGAGUUCCGACAAUUGAUUAAUGAUCUCUAUGUGAAAGGAUAUAUCAUAUCUUUAAUUACUUUAAUAUUUUCUCUAACUAUUUUUCUAAGCUUUAGAAAAGAUUUCCUAUACUCCUUUAAAGGAGUUUGGGAUCGGCCGAAUGAAAGAUCAUUGAAAUGUACACGAAUCCGAAUUCAUAUACAUUUAUUUACAUCCUUAGCAAUGACUUGUCUUUUAUGGAUUCUUUGGUAUAAAUUGGUCGUAGAAAGAAUUAACAUAUUGGAAGAAAAUCCGGUAUGGUGUGUAAUAUUACAUUUGGCGCAGCAAUAUUUAAUGCUCGUCAACUAUUUUUGGAUGUUCUGUGAGGGUUUACAUCUACAUUUAGUACUUGUCGUGGUUUUUGUGAAAGACACAAUUGUUAUGAGAUGGUUUAUGGCUAUUGGUUGGUUGGCACCAAUUUUAUUUAUAACACCAUAUGGAGCCAUAAGAGGCUAUUACAGUGAAAAUACAUUAUUUUGUUGGAUGUAUAACAGUGAUUUACUAUGGAUAUUAACUGUUCCUGUGUGUUUAACUUUAUUUAUAUCUUUUGUGUUUUUAAUAAAUGUUGUACGCGUUCUUGUCAAAAAAUUACAUCCAUGUUCAGCUCAACCAGCUCCAUUAGCUAUCAGAAAAGCAGUUAGAGCUACAAUAAUAUUGGUUCCACUUUUUGGUAUACAACACUUUUUGAUUCCAUAUCGGCCAGAACAUGGUACACCACUAGAAAAAGCUUAUGAAUUAAUGUCUGUAUUUUUAGUUAGUUUACAAGGUGUUUGUGUUAGCUGUUUAUUUUGUUUUGCUAAUCACGAUGUAUUAUUUGUAAUGAGAAAUCUUUUAAGUAGAGUUUUUCCUGGUAUAAUUCAACCACCACCUCCAAGUACGAACACAGGGCAAAUAGCUACACAAACUCCUAGUAGAGAAUUAGGUGUAUAAAAUAUUAAAUAAUUUUCAUUUCAAAUUUUUAUUUUUUCAAAUUAUUUAACAAAAAGUAUGCACAAUGUUUAAAAAAAAAAAAUUAAUAGUGUAAAAUAAUAUGUGCCAUAUAAGCAAAGCUUAAUGCUAAAAAAAACCUGAACAUAAAAUUAUUGUAUGAAAAUUAACUUUAUACAUGUUAAUUGUACCUA